AUGACCUUCACACCAACCCGAAUUUUGAUCUUUGGCGGGACCGGCACCAUCGGCUCCUACAUCACGACGUCCCUGCUCCGUGCCCAGCCCCCGUUCCCUCAAAUCACGCUCUUCACCUCCCCCGGGACCGCCGAAAAGAAGGCAUCUCAGAUCGCGAAAUGGAAGUCGGAUGGUCUCUCGGUCAUUGUUGGUGACCUAACUUCAUCCGCCGACGUCAAGUCCGCAUAUCAGUCUUCCCAAGCAGACACAGUCAUCUCAGCAGUUGGGCGCGGAGGUCUUCAGCACCAGAUCGAACUGCUGCGUCUGGCUGAGGAGUCCAACACUGUCCAGUGGUUCUUGCCGAGCGAGUAUGGCACUGAUAUUGAGCACAACGACAAGAGCCCUGAUGAGAAGCCCCACCAGUUGAAGCUCAAGGUGCGGAAAUACAUUAGAGACGAGCUAAGGAGGGUCAAGGUGACAUAUGUGGUCACUGGGCCGUAUUUCGAUAUGUGGGUUGACACGGCUCCUGGUCUGGAGUCUGCUGGCGGCUUCAAGCCUGAGGAGAAGAAGGCGUGGAUUAUUGAGGAUGGAGAGGGCAAAAUUGGCUUUUGCACCAUGUGGGAUGUGGGCAAGUUCGUUGUUGGAACUCUCCGUCAUCCCGAGGAGUCUUUUGGGAAGGCCCUCAAGGUCCAAAGCUUCAUUGUUUCGCCCAACGAAGUUCUGGCCGAGUAUGAGAAGCAGACUGGCGCCAAGUGGGAGGUCACCAAGACGCCCCUGGAUGACCUCAAAUCUUUGGAAACUGACUUGUGGGCAAAAGGCAAUCCUAGGGCGACCAGUGCCACACUCCGACGGAUCUGGGCUGAAGGGGGGACUUUGUAUGAAAAGAACGACAAUGAUGUGUUGAAUGUGGAAGGUUUGGAUUCCUUGGCAGAUGCUGUGAAGCACGCGCUCGCAGGAGGGUACAAGGCCGAUACCUUUUAG